UAAAAAUUAGAUCCCUAUUUAAGCCUAUAAAUAGCACCUCUCGGUUCCCCACCAAUUCCAAAAUCAAGUUGAUUCAUUUGCAUCCAAGCAAUCAAAGACAUCCACAACAAUGAAUACCCAAGUGUUUUUUGCUCUCACCUUGGCCUUCCUCUUCGCUGGAGCUCAUGCAGCUACAGUCACUUUCACAAACAAAUGCCCCUACACCGUUUGGCCAGGAACCCUUACCGGAGACCAAAAACCCCAAUUAUCAACCACCGGAUUCGAGUUGGGAACCGGAGCCAACCGGGCAGUGAACCUCCCAUCCCCAUGGAGUGGCCGAUUCUGGGCACGAACCGGAUGCUCUUCCUCCUCCGGGAAGUUCACAUGUGCCACCGCAGACUGCGGUUCUGGUCAGGUUACGUGCAAUGGUAACGGUGCAGCCCCACCGGCAACUCUAGUAGAAAUCACGGUCGCCGCGAACGGCGGACAAGAUUUCUACGACGUGAGCUUGGUCGAUGGCUUCAACUUGCCAAUGUCGGUAGCCACCAAGGGUGGAACCGGUGAGUGCAAGAUGUCGUCGUGCCCUGCGGACGUGAAUGCCCAAUGCCCUGCCGAGCUCCAACAGAAAGGAGCUGAUGGAAAAGUGAUCGCUUGCAAAAGUGCAUGUUUGGCAUUCGGUGACCCAAAGUAUUGUUGCACACCUCCUAAUGACAAACCGGAAACUUGUCCACCUACAAACUACUCCCAGUUCUUCGAAAACAUUUGCCCUCAAGCUUAUAGCUAUGCUUAUGAUGAUAAAAAUAGUACAUUUACCUGCUCUGGUAGCCCUAACUACGAGAUCACGUUCUGUCCUUAAGAGAUUAUACAGAGGAAAUUCUAUCCUCUAUACUUGGAACCUUGUGAUAAUAAACGAAUGAGGUGAAUAAUGUUUGUCAUGGAAUUGACACAGAUUAUGUUGUCAAGAGUAUGUAAUAAAUGACAAAACUAUUAUAAAUAAAAAGAUUUGAUAUGAAUUUGAGUACUUAA